AUGGAGUGUGCUCCUACCAUCUUUUAUAGUAACAUAAAGACCAAGUUUAGAACAGAUGCAAAAGUAACCAACAUGGCAUUUCAUGUUGCUGCAACAGCUUAUAACAUGGAAGAUUUUGAAAAAUACAUGAAGGACUUGGACAGUUUACAUGAAGGAACCCGCCCUUUUCUGGCCAAUGAAGUUAAAUAUGAAAAGUGGGCAAGAAUCUACUCCAAAAGUCGUAGAUAUGCAUCUAUGACUUCAAACAUAGCUGAAUCCAUUAAUGCGACACUAAAAGAAAUGAGAGAGCUUCCAGUAGAACUAGCUAGGAUACUCAUUUACCAUGUACACGGUGGUUUAACAACAAACAUUGUAGACAUUGCAAAGAAAUCAUGCACUUGUAACAAGUUUGAUUUGGAUGAAUUACUUUGUGAACAUGCCAUGACAGUCAUUAGAAAGAUGAACCUUCCAUAUAAAAAAUAUUGCUCAUAUUAUUUCACAAAACAAGCCAUGUUGAACACCUAUAAUGCAUCAAUACAUCCAUUGGGAGAUCCAAAAACAUGGAGAGUUCCACCUAAUGUUGAGGAAAUAGAAGUACUACCUCCAAAGGGAAACAAAAAAAAUGGAAGGCCAAGGAAAAAAGAGAACAGUGAUUGA